GCUGGAGAUUUAAAUAAUCCUUUAGAGCACUGCUGAGAGUACCGGCAGCUUUGGCAGACAGAGGAAAACUACCAAAGAGGAUGAACAAGCUGCAGAGACUGCUUCAGAGCAAGAUCCUGAUACUGACAAUAUGUGCCGCUGGGAUUGGAGGUACUUUCCAAUAUGGUUACAACAUCUCCAUCAUCAAUGCUCCAGCUUCAUACAUCCAGAUGUUCAUGAAUGAAACCUGGCUGGAGCGCACAGGCGUUCCCCUUGAGAGCAACAUGAUACUGCUGCUGUGGUCUUUCACUGUCUCUGCAUACCCUCUGGGAGGACUCACUGGGGCUGUUGCUGCUGGGCCCAUGGCCAUCAUGUUGGGAAGGAAGAUGUCCCUGCUACUGAACAAUGUCUUUGUGAUCAUAGCGGCAUUCUUGUCAGGAUUCAGCCGAAUGGCAAAAUCCUUUGAAAUGAUUAUGCUCAGCAGAUUUUUCACUGGAGUUAAUGCAGGUGUAAGCAUGAAUAUUCAGCCUAUGUAUCUGGCGGAAGGCGCCCCAAAGAAGCUCAGAGGAGCUGUGGCCUUGACCUCUGCAUCAUUUACAGCCCUGGGGUUGGUGCUGGGGCAGGUUGUUGGACUCAGGGAGGUACUAGGAGGGGAGGAGAGCUGGCCAUUCCUUUUAGCUAGCAAUGUGGUGCCUGCCCUGAUCCAGCUCAUAGCUCUGCCUUGGUUCCCUGAAAGUCCCAGGUACCUCUUGAUUGACCGUGGAGAUAAAGAAUCCUGCAUCUCUGCACUGCAGAAGCUCAGAGGCAACAGUGACCUGAGUGCAGAGCUAGAAGAGAUGCUGGCUGAACAGGCUGCUGUUAAAGGCCAGAAAACGAAGAACCCUUGGGAGCUUUUCCAAAAUCCAGCUUUGAGGUGGCAGCUGAUCAGUAUCGUUGUGCUUAGCAGUGCCAUGCAGCUCUGUGGGAAUGAUUCGAUGUAUUUUUAUGCAGCUUAUGUGUUCCAAGAGGCUGGAAUUCCUCAGGAAAAAAUCCCAUAUGUUGUAAUCGGCACGGGGAGCUGUGAACUGAUCACGUCUGUCACUUGUAACAUGAUUAUAGACUACGCUGGUCGGAGGCCACUGCUCCUGGGGGGUUAUAUCUUUAUGGCAGGAUGGGCCAUAGUCUUCAUGGUGGCUCUGAGCCAACAGACUCAGAUUAGCUGGAUGCCUUAUCUCAGCAUGGCCUGCAUUUUCGCCUAUAUCCUGAGCUUUGGAAUCGGACCAGCUGGUGUAACAGGAGUUCUGCCCACAGAAGUUUUUGAUCAAAUGUCCCGGCCAGCUGCCUACAUGAUCUGUGGUGCUCUGCUCUGGUUCAACCUAUUUCUGGUUGGAACAGCCUUUCCAUUCAUUGUGAAAAGUCUAGCACAUUUCUGCUACGUCCCAUUCCUUGUGGUCUGCGUCUGCACUGCACUCUAUGUUGGGUUUUUCCUUCCUGAGACAAAGGGAAAGUCCUUCCUGGAAAUCUCGAAGGAGUUCAAGAAACGGAACUUCAAAGCUCAGACCCACGUGGUUUUUUAUAAAGGCCCUGAAGAGAUCAAAUCCACCAUAUUGUAGCAGAAGAAAGGAAGAUGGUAUCUGGGGGAAAUUCAGCAGUGGAUAUGUUCCCUUGCAGGGACACAAAGAGAGAAGUAGGGUUAGAGAUAAUAUAUUACUCUUAGGCUCACCUUGAAAAGAUGUACUUGAACUGAUAAAUUCCAACAGAAGUUUUAGUACUAAGUAACACAUCCAUAUUUUAGAAUCCAUAUUAGAGAGUGACAGAAUGAUGCCUUAUUCUCUUACCAUCAAACACCACCAUGCAAUGCUUUAUCAAGUAUCUUCUAAAUUGCCUCUAUGUUUCUCCUCCACCCAAAUAGUAACUUCCACCUCUAGAAGCCUUUCCUUCCUGGCCCCUGAAUCUGGGCUCUCUAACGCAGAAAUUAAUAUGAUUAAAUUCUGGUUUUGGACACCAGAUGAAAUUCUUAGUACCUUGUCUUGGUGCUCCCGUUGUUUCUGUUAUUAAGUGAUUUCAAAUAGACCCCUACUUGUUGAGCAAUAGUAAGUAGUUAAUUAUUUUCAGCUAUAAAACCAUGUGACAGAUAGAUUAAGAAGAAAGCUUCUAGUACUUGCUAAGUGGCUUAUACAACUGACUUUUGGGCAUUUUUUUGCAGACUGUUCACGUCUGCGUUUCUUCAUGGCUUGUUUGUUGUCUUCCAGUCCUGUGUUGUGAAGCACAAGUAAUU